AUGUCCGCCAUUGCGCUUGCCAAGCAGGCAUAUACCGCUCUCAACAGAGAGAAGCCGCACUCGUCUAUCACGAAUUGGGUAGAGAUCCUCACAUCCACCAACUACGAUGACGAAGCCUUCGAUGGCAUACCUGAACUUGUCGAUUCAAUCAACAUCCAGGCUACCGGACCGGCCGAAGCGUCCAGAGCAAUACGGAAGAAACUGAAGCACGGAAACGCACAUCAACAAUAUCGCGCUCUAGUCAUCUUGAAGGCACUGGUAGAGAAUGGCGGGGACAAGUUACAAGUGCGUGUAUCAGUUCUCCAUCGCGUUGACGUCGUAAAGCGAACCAUUGCGCUAGCAUCGUUCGCCGACUCGCAUCUCGUGGACGCGCUUAGGAUGCUCACCACUGAGCCCACAACGGAUGCCAAAGUCAAGAAGAAACUAUCUACUGUUCUGCUAUCAUGGCACGCCCAGUUCAAGGACGACCCGUCCAUGCAAUACGUCGCGAACCUCUACAAGACCUGUGGUGUCAAUCUGCCCGGGCAGCGAGCUCAGAAGCAGCGCCAGCGGAGAUUGGACAGAGAGCGAAGGGAGCAGGAGAUGGAAGAGAGGGCCCGCGAGAAAGAACGCGAGAAGGAGAAGGAAAGGGAGGAGAAGCGCAAGAGGGAAGAGGAGAAGCUGAAGGCAAAGCAGGAGAAGGCACAGGGGAAGGCGAAGCGAAAGCAGGAGGAAGAGGCGAGGCGGCAUGGCGUGAAAAGAAAGCCAUUCAACUUCGAAGAGGUGCGCCCAGUCGGCAGAGAAGCCCCAGGUCUGACUGCUAUUGCCGGAGCGUCCCAAGCAUCGAUCAAUUUGGUCAAUGCCAUUACACUCGUCAAUACGGAGACCGACAGCGUUCAGAGCAACGAGCGGGUGCAGGAGUGCCUUGGCAAGGCAAAGCUUGCUAGGAAGCAGAUUGUUCGGUACGUUCAGCUCGUAGAGAACGAGGACAUGAUCGGUACGCUCAUCGAAGCGAACGAUCGGAUCAUCGCCGCAAUUGAGAUGUACGAUACUCUCUCCAAACCUGUCGUGACGGAACAGGACGUCCAGAACGUGCAGGAAGGCCUCGCCGCAGUCAAGAUCAAGGACUCCGAGCUCGGCCGACUGCAAGAGAAGCAGCGGGCUGCCGUACAGCGUUCCCUCGGGCGGUCCGGUUCGAACAUCGCUAUCAGGGGCGCGAACGGCGAGACGGGUCAGUCCUACAUACGCGAUCUGCAGGAUCUGAGCUUCGGCCCCUGGGCGCCGAGCAGAGCAACCUCCCCCCCCGAUCCGCCCGUCAGCGGCGCAGCGCACCUCUUCGGACGAGGACGAAGGCUUUGGCCGCCGUGGAUCGCUUUCGGACUACAGCGACUAUGUGUCCUCUGA